AUGAACCUAAAAAAUGGCGAUUUAUCCAUCGAAGCUUACGCCUUAAAAAAUGGGGGGAGGUGUUCUCUUGUACAACACCUGUCGGACUGCAUCGAAUGCCGGACAGGUGAAACGACUACGUUUAAAAUACAAUUUCCCCGAGAAUUUGCACAGGAGACGUCAAAAGCUCACUUUAAUGAGUCUAAAAAUUCGUUCCAAGACUUUGACUUGAACAUUGGCUGGUCAUUAGCAACCGAAAACUCGUAUAAACCCAACAAAGGAAGACUUUCUAAGCUUAUGACAGAUGACGAUCACGAACAUGACCGCCGUAUUGUAAAGUCAUGCUUGGGAGCAACUGAAUGUCUUAAAAGCAGUUGUCCAUUUUAUAGAAAGGCAACUAGAACUCUUACCAGAGAGGCUGGUAUAAAAAACAAAGUAAAUGUCAUCAGUGCAACACGCUUUUGA